AUGUCUGCUCUCAACACCGACAACAAUUCGAUGCAACUCCCAAGAGACACCCCAAACACAAACCCAUUGUUUCCGGUCGAUCAUAUUCAACAUGCCGAGAAAGACAAUGGCUUCGAAUCCACGGGUCCUGUUUAUGAGGGCUUCACCUUUUUCAAGGCUAUGCCCAAACAAGGUGCAACCUGGACCUGUGUGAAACGGACAGUCAUGCAUCUGAAUCAAGACGAAUAUUCCAAAAUGGUUCAGAAGAGGGCAAACCAAAAGUCCCCAGUGCAGCAAUACCAAGACCUAUCCUCCGAUACCAGGCGCGCUCAUAUAAACCAGCUGAUCGACGAACAAAGGCACAAGAAUCCACUUGUUGAGUGGAGCUGCGUUUACGCUAAAGAACACACCAAGAUGUUCAAGCCUCGACAUUCUCGUCGUAGUGACUAUGAAAUAGUCUCCAUGGAUGUCAUCAUCAUGCAAAGGCCCAUGAAGACCCAAGCAUAUUGCAGGAUUUCUGUGGGUGGUUCGGUGGCUUUUGGGAAACCUUUUCAGCCGGAUACGAAGAAUCAACCCAUGUGGUCUGAUCAUAGAAACCAUCAUCUGACACCGGAUCAAAAUGGGAAUAUUUUGCGGCCCAUAUUGCAAAGGUUGCCUUCCCAAUUGGCCCAAGCAAUGAACCCUUUUGCACAGUUGCAUUCAACCCAGGGCCCUGCUUAUGAGCAACUAAAUGGCCAGUUAGCUAUACAUCCAGUUGUUGAAACCAGCCAUCCAAUAGGAUCGCGGGAUCAGCUGCGUGAAUCUGCCGGGUCAACUGCAACCGUCAACAAUAGACCAGCAAAUCCAGAUUUCAUUGCCGCAAACAACAGCGACAUGACUCUUGAGAAUACUUCGGAUUAUUCAUCGGAAAGUAACAGCGACUUAGAUGAUGCAUCUAUGCAUUCUGACGAAUCUGACGAAACAUCUGCCACAGACGACGAAAGCAUGGAGAUCGAGACUGAGUGUCAAGAGCCACAGCUAAACCAGGCCUCUUUCCGACAACAGAAUGCCGGUCCUGACCGCCGCGAGUCUAGUCAUGGACCUCAUUCUCGCCGAAAGUACCAAAGCCGUAGCCUUGAAAGAAGACAGGACAGGAGUCAUCUCCUUCGCGAUCAAUGUGAGGUGCCUCCAGCCAAGAUUCUUGGCCCAAGACGGGCUGAGACAGCUCGGUCAGGCUCAGUGCCCGGUAAGAGAUAUCGAAUGCAGUUGGUGAACGAUAACGAGAUUCGGAGCCGAAUGCUUGAUCACCGUGAAGCAAGUCUUGGACAUCGGGAGAAAUGGCUGAGAAGAACCUUUUCUGAAGCGCGUCAGCUUGAGCGUCGUCAACCAGUGAGGGAUCCGCCAGCAGUGUGUCGCUGUACCUGUCGUUGCGCGAUCAAGGAGAUGAAGGAAGCUAUGUGA